ACAGCAAACAACGGCUGCGUGGUGCGUACUGGCUCUCCUUUUUUGGAUUAUGCCUCUUGCUGGCAUCGAAAAAUGGAUAAGUGGCUGCAGCAGCAGGGCAAUCCUAAUGGCGGACAUCGACAUCCAAGCAACUAAAGCUACGAGUAACAAAACAAACGCUGCAGCUACACUACGAGAGGUUAAGAAAGAGUCAGAUUCUGUGGCUGUAUCCUUGUGUUGUCAUUGUUGUUCCUAAUCCUUGAGCCAGUUCCGAUAUUAGAUAGCUUGUUGGAAGGAGGAAGAAGCGAUCUUACCUCAGUGCCGACCCGCCGACCGACAUUUGACGACCAACGCGUAGAGCUGCCACUGUGUUGGGACAGUGUCUAUUGAAUACUCGUGCUAGUUCCGCCUUGUGCCAGCAGCAUUGCAUCUCCAUCCGUCCUUCCCACUGUUCUACAAAUACAUACACAAUCCGAUAGAGCCACAAUGGGGACGAAUGAAGAUAUGAAUGCCUGGGACAUGGACGAUGACUACACUGAGUUUCACGAGCUAUACAUCCAGAGACACGGGCUAGAAUUCAUGAUGCCAAUCCUGUUCGAAGAUGGAAUGGACUACAUUGAAUGCGAGCUGUAUUAUGCAUCACUGACUUCCCAAUCAUACGGAGGCGCUUUCCGGAAACUCCGAAGCAUGCAACCACGUCGGCCCACACUGCGGGAGCUCAAGGAUGAAGCCAACGGCAACCGCCUAUCUUGUCUCCGGAAGCCCACGAGAGGGGAAGGCGUCGAACACAGGUCCGGACCUCCAGUCCGUCGAUGCUCCUUCAGUGGCAUGCCACAGAUUGAGGAGUUCCAGCCGCUCACGCGCUCCAAUUCCAUGAGAAGGUUAGGAGAGGAAGAAGCACGCGUAUCCUUCGAGGAGUACGUCCAGGUUGUCACCAUUUACCCAGCGGAAGAAUACCCUGAUGACGUCCGGACCCAGAUGUGGAUGUCGAGAGAAGAAUUAUCCAAGUGUAUGCGGCGGGCGAUGAUUGAAGACAUGAAAGAACAACGCGAGAGGCAGAGAGAGGAACGCGCCAGGGAAAGGGAAGGAAGGGAUCAAAACUCCAACGACGACAACCAAAUAAAUUCAGACGGCUCUAAACUUGUUGAAGUCUCGAGCUAAUCAGAUCUAGAUUGGGCUGUCUUCCUUGUGCAGCUCCUUACUGAACUUCAAAUUGAAUUGAAUUGAAGCAAUCAAUCGCAAAACUACUCUGCCAAACCCAAUCACUCUAUUACAACACUACUACUACUAUUAUAAUAUUGACUGUACGAAAGAGGCGGGCCAACUCGUCGUUGCCCGAUCGACUGUCUCUGUCUCACGGCUUCACCGAAAGAUAAGGUUUGGGACAAACAGUACAGUACAGUAUACAAAAGCAGCUAAAACUAGCAGUCAGACACAUACAUCAUC